AUGACGCCUGUUACAGAAGUCAACACUUCCAUUACACCUGAGCUCUCAAUGCCGGAGUCACCAUUCAAUGCAGGGUCCGCGAUGGCCACAUCGCCAACCAUUGAAUUUCAGGAGACUGAUACUGAUGGUGUCUCGAGGCCGCGCCCAAAACCAAGCCGGCGUAGAGAUAAACCCCAGCUUUCUUGCAAUCUCUGUCGCCGCCGCAAAUCGCGAUGCGACCGCCAGCAGCCAUGUUCUACUUGUUUAUCGCGAGGGCAAACUUGUGUCUAUGUGGAAAACCAUCCGGCACUCACAACUAAACCGCACGCAAUAGUAGGAGCGACAGCAGCUUCCGCACCGCCCGGAGUUCACGAUCGACUGGUUCAGUUAGAGCGUCUUGUAAUGUCUCUUAUGUCUGACCCAUCUCAGAAAACCAACCUUAGCUCCACUGCCACAGCAUCUGUUCCUGUUACCGAAUUAGGAUCACGCAUUGGGUCAGAUCAUGGAGCUGGACCUGUCCCUAUCUCUGGCUCUGGAAAUAGUGCUAAUGCCUCAGCAGAUGCGCCAAUUGAUGGGCGUUCUGAAUGUGGCAGUAUGCGGGUUAGCGCGUCAGAACUACGCUAUGUAGGCGGGGACCAUUGGGCUGCCAUCCUAGAAAAUAUUGCUGAUUUAAAGGACCACUUUGACCGGGAGGAGCAGCUGAGACUCGCUAACAGCCCAGACGCUCAUGAUGAUCACAGUGGUGACUUGUACGAGUCGUUUUGGAAUAACCCCUCCGGUGCCCCAAUCAUCUGGGUCGGACUUCUAUUUGGCAUGAUCUGCCUUGCCGUGCUAGCCUCAGACCUACCUGACGCUUCGUAUAGUAACAACGAAACAGAACAGCAGGCUCUCCAGGUCGACCUGUAUCGUGAAAAAAUAGUUCAGUGCCUUAUAAUUGGCGAAUAUACGAACUCUGGGCCAUACGUACUGGAGACAAUGAUUCAGUAUGUGUACGUGGAGUAUAGCAUUCGUGCGGAUGCUGGCAAGGACAACUGGUUCCUGCUUGCUAUUCAGGUAAAUCUAGCGAUGCGUAUGGGCUACCAUCGGGACCCCAGUCAUUUUCCUGGCAUAUCGCCAUUACAGGGUGAGAUGCGACGCAGAGUGUGGGCGACGGUUCUUAUGAGCGACAUUCUCGUGUCUAGCCAAAUGGGAAUGGCGCGAAUGAUUGCAGACUGGAAGUGCGACACUGCUGAACCCCGGAACUUGAACGAUAAUGACAUAAAUGAGAAUUCAACUGAACUCCCGCCUCCUCGACCAGAAACCGAACAUACCACAGCAUUGGGCAUUAUUGCCCGACGACGGAUGUUAAUGGCACUCGGUGCAAUCUCGGAUGUGACCGAUGCUGUGAAACCUUGUGGUUAUGCAGAGAUUAUGCAAGUUGAUGGUGUUUUACAUGACGCUGCAGCUAGUAUCCCUCCACCGCUCAAGAUGAAACCCAUGGCGGCCAGCGUUACUGACUCCUCCCAGGUGAUCAUGGCUCGUCUGUUUAUUGGCCAUAUGUUCUACAAAGGGCAAAUAAUGCUCCAUCGUAGAUUCCUAUACAUGGAGUCACCGUCAGGAGAGGAGGAUAAGUAUACCUACUCAUGUAACGCCUGCAUAGAUGCUUCUCUCGGAACAUUAAACAUUCAACAUGUGCUUGAUGAAGAGACCUGCCAGGGAGGCCAGCUUUACUCUAUGCGUUGGCGUGUUUCCUCUAUGAUGAACCACCAAUUUUUAACUGGUACAAUGAUACUCUGUUCAUUGCUACAUCGGGGAAAGACUCUGGACAGAGAAGAAGAAAUCACUGCUGCGCUACGUACAACAAGAGCUAUUUGGAUGAGAAGAAGUGCUCACUCCCAAGAAGCUAAAAAGGCUGCGGAAACUGUGAGCAUCGUUUUGGCAAGAGUAGGGGAACGGCGUUCCCACGAUGCCAACCUUGGCUAUGAGGAAAGAAGUAGAUAUUCUCGAGGAACGGACUCUUUGGCCAACCCAAGCCCUUAUGCUACGAACGGCAGCGAAGGGCCUAUGGCUGUUGAUAAACGGGGGGUGCUAGCAGGUAACACUGGUAUAGGAUUUUACGAGCACCUAGGUAGUAACCAUGCGAGUGGAAAUGGAGAAAAGAAAAGAAAAUGUGUGGCGGCUGUCAUCCUCCGUGUUAAUUAG